AUUCACAGAGCGGUGCAGCGCAGCCGAGGCGGCUCGUACUCACUCGUACAACUCGACUUCCUGCUCUCCCACAGGAGAUACUGUGGCGAGGAUAGGUUCGAUUCCGCCGGACUCACCCCCUAAGCGCUUGGAACAUGUUCACCCUGUCGGAGCUCGUUGUUUUGCUGGCCGUCCUGUCGUCCACCGCGUCCGGCUACUUCGUUAGCAUAGACGCCCAUGCCGACGAGUGCUUCUACGAGCGGGUCAACUCCGGCACCAAGAUGGGCCUCAUGUUUGAGGUCGCCGAAGGAGGCUUCCUGGACAUUGAUGUGGAGAUAACAGGGCCUGAUGGGAAGCAGAUCUACAAAGGCGACAGAGAGUCCAGUGGCAAGUACUCUGUGGCAGCACACAUGGACGGGACCUACAAGUUCUGCUUCAGCAACAAGAUGUCCACCAUGACACCCAAGAUUGUCAUGUUCACCAUUGAUAUUGGAGAGGCACCGAAAGGCCAAGACAUGGAGACAGAAGCCCACCAAAACAAACUGGAGGAGAUGAUCAACGAGCUGGCAGUUGCCAUGACAGCUGUGAAGCAUGAGCAGGAGUACAUGGAGGUCCGCGAGAGGAUACACAGAGCAAUCAACGACAACACAAACAGCAGAGUGGUGCUGUGGUCGUUCUUCGAGGCUCUGGUUCUGGUGGCGAUGACGCUCGGACAGAUUUACUAUCUGAAGAGAUUUUUCGAAGUGCGGCGAGUGGUGUAGUGCGAUGAAGUGAUCUCUCUGUGUCCUCCACUGUUUUCUCCAACACAAAGACAGUUAUUUACACUCUGGAAAUGAGACUGGCAGUUUGAGUAAAGCCCACAAAUGAUCGGAUCUCAGAUGUUUUUGUUGUCCUGUUACCUAUGUCCUUCUGUAAAAAUGUUAUAAUGUUUGUAGUGAAUGGCUGAAGGUUCAUUAGUUUUUUUUUUUUUUUUAUUUUGUUUUUGUUUAACUGACUAUUUUUUUCUCCAGUAUUGUUUGAUAAUUAUACAUAAAUACCAAUCACAAGCCAGAACAGUUUGGGCUGUAUGAAGUAGUGUAAGGCUCAUAAAUUUAAGUGAAGGCAGUCUGAUGAAAAAUGCUUAGAAAUGUUCACAAGUGGACAUGCAUGUGUGGAGUCACCACAGGAGAAUGUGCCCUUAUUUAGAUUAAACUGGGAUACUUUUCAAACCCUUAAUAUAUCAAACAUUAAAAACCGAUUCCAUUAGCUCACUGUCUGAGAUGCUGGGGGCUUUUAUUCCAAUAUCUAAGCCAAGUCCGACAAUGUACUGUACAUUGUGUUACUGCUCUCAAACAACAAAUUGCACUCCUAAAGAAUAUGUCUAAAUAACCUGAAGGAUUUAUAUUUCAGCUGGUCUUUAUGGGAAACUGUUCAGCUUCUAGCUCUGUCUGUUGAAUCAGUUUGAUCCGUGCCACGGGGGGGUCCAGUGGACGUCCUUUGUAGGGGAAUGGCUUGAGUCCCUACAUAGUUCAGGAAAAGGCAACAGGCCUGAAAGGUCACAAGUCGAUGUUAUAGUCAAAAAGUUAAACUUUUAAGCUGCGAUUUAGCAGAAAAGCUGAGACCAAGUUGGAUUUCAUCUUAACUACUUGGGCUGAAACUCCAAAACAAAGUGGAGAGGAAUACAGAAAUACAUGUUACGUGUUGAUUGAGGCUGGCU